CAACCAGAGAAUUGAUUCAAAUCGUGCCUUCUACUACUAUACAACUAGACACUAUCCCGUGCCUUUGAAUUGCUAAAACGUUGACCCAACCCAGUCCUCUCAUACUCCCAUUGAAGGACAGAUUCUUUUUACUGCGGCGAUUUGCCUGUUGACUUUCCCCUUCACCCAUCCCGAAGCCCAACCCAAAUCAUUAAUCCAAGAUUUCGCUAUGGAGAUCGGAGGAGAUUCCUCACCCGGCUUGCAUAUUCAAUUUUAGAAAAAGCUUAACGGAACGCGAAGGGCUCGGGCCUUUUCCACACUCCCUUUCAUCUUACUCGCCCAUAUCUGUAGGGGUUUCAGUUUCACUGCUCUGCUAGUGCUGAGAGAGGCACGCAAGCAGUAGGGGGGCCUAGGCAGAAAACAACAGCUCUUCACUCUCAUCUUUCCUGAGUUAUCGCUGAGUUGAUUCGCAGAAGGUCCUUUGUCCUCGAUCCCGCCUUCUUUCGGUUGGAGGGCCCGACGAAAAAUUGAGGAGAAUCGGCAGCUCAGAAAGCUCGGCAAUCGCUCACUGAGUCAGAGCAGCUCGGUUUGAUACUUGCAUGACUCUGAUGAGGGUGCUAUCAAGGAAGGCUAUGCAGGCUGGGAGCUCUGCCCCUUGUAAAAUCUGGGCCACGGGCUUCCUCUGCGGUGUCUGCAUUAUGUAUCUGUUCGGUGUUGCUGUACCUCCACUACGAGUCCCGCACAGCCGUUCUGUCUAUCCACCGCUGCGGCGCGCAAUACUCUGGAAUUUUACAUUGACCGAACAUGAUGGGGUUGCAGCAACUGGUGAGUCGGCUUCUGCACAGGAGAAGAUAGAAGAACGAAAGAGAAACGAUCACGCCACUGAAGCUAGAAUAUUGCAACUGUACAACGCUUGGAGCUCUAUGCUCAACACCACCAGUGAUGAAGUUGUGAAAAGUCCAGACGUGCCGUGGCCGCCUCAUCUGGAUGACUGCAAGCUUAAUGUAGAAAGAAAUAAACGAUUUGACAGCUACGGGGAUAAUAGCACAUUUCCUCAUUGGACAUUAUGGAAAGGGUCACUUGGGCUUCAACUUUUGAACCAGAAAUACUCAGAAAAUGCAAAUCAGUAUCGAAAAUACCCUCCUUGGAUUGUAGGAUCUGAUGAAGAAAACUAUCCAUUGACCAGACGAGUGCAGAGAGAUAUAUGGAUUCAUCAGCAUCCUCCAAACUGCAGCGAUCCAAGCUUGCGGUUUCUUGUUGCAGAUUGGGAGAGGUUACCUGGAUUCGGUAUUGGUGCACAACUCGCUGGAAUGGCAGGACUUCUUGCUAUUGCCAUAAAAGAGAAAAGGAUUCUGGUUACAAACUACUAUAACCGAGCUGAUCACAAUGGUUGCCAUGGUGCUUCAAGAUCUAGUUGGUCUUGUUACUUCUUUGUUGAGACAUCUUCAGACUGCCGCAAGCGGGCUUUUGAGCUCAUGCAAAGAAAAGCCUCUUGGGCCGAGGGAUCUGUAAAAGUGAAGGAGAACUAUACCUCCAAGCAAAUAUGGGUUGGACGCAUACCUAGAAUGUGGGGGGAGCCAUGGAAAUAUUUGCAACCGACAACAGAGAUAAAUGGGAGUCUGAUCGCAAGUCAUCGUAAAAUGGAUAGAAGAUGGUGGAUUGCCCAGGCCACAAGGUACCUAAUGAGGUUCCCAACAAAAUACAUGUGUGGACUACUGAAUGUGGCUAGGCACUCUGCAUUUGGUUUGGAAGCAGCAAAGUUGGUUCUCGAAAGUAUUCAGAAUGACUCACCAAAGGUUGGCACUACUAGAACCAAAUCUGACAUCGAGCGGCUUGUGUGGUCAGACCACAAACCAUAUAUACCUCGUCCUUUUGUCAGCAUGCAUGUAAGAAUGGGAGACAAAGCUUGUGAAAUGUCAGUGUUUGGCUUUGAGGAAUACAUGGAGCUGGCCGGCAACCUCCGCAGAAGGUUUCCAAGUCUAAAGAACAUAUGGCUUUCUACUGAAAUGCAGGAAGUUGUUGAAAAAACUAAAUUUUACCCUGAUUGGAAUUUCUACUUCACAAAUGUGGCACGCCAAGGUGGCAAUAUAACCAUGGCACAGUAUGAGGCCAGUUUGGGCCGUGAGACUAGCACAAAUUACCCCCUUGUCAAUUUCAUGAUGGCUACUGAAGCAGAUUUCUUUAUCGGAGCCCUGGGAUCAACUUGGUGCUACCUCAUUGAUGGAAUGAGAAACACAGGAGGAAAGGUAAUGUCCGGCUAUUUAUCGGUGAACAAGGACCGGUUUUGGUAAGCGAUUCAGAGGUUGCUUGCCCCGUCGAUUCUCUUGUAGAGAGAUUCUCUGGCCUUAGUUUGCUUGUUUCCAGCAGUAGCAUGGAUGUAUAUGUACCUUCUGAGAAUCUGAGAAGACAUCUUUAGCAUGAACCUUCAGGACUAAGUAGGCGAGCAGUACGUUGUUAUAUCAAA